CGCUCCUGCCACCUCUUAGCAAAAGCGAGGCACUCUACUUACCAAAGCUACUCUGCCCGCCCCCACCACCUUGUCGAUCGGCGAGCGCCAUGGGCAACUGCCUGAACAAGGCGUCUACGCAGCAGCAGCGCGAGAUGCGGCGGCGGCACGGCCACGGCGAGCGGGUGGCGCCGGAGGAGAGGGAGGAGGAGGAGGAGCAGCUCAGGAGCAUCGGCCAGGUGCUGCUGCAGGAGGAAGAGGAGGAGGAGGAGGAGGCGCCGGCGUCCGCGUCGCCGGCGGCCGGGAUGAAGGUGAAGGUGGUCCUGACGAGGGCGGAGCUGGAGUGGCUCAUGGCGCAGCUCAAGAGCGGCGAGCAGCGCCUCGAGGACGUCCUCCGCCAGAUGGGCAACGCCCGCGCCGACGACUACAAGCCGCCGCGCGCCGACGCCUGGCGCCCGCGCCUCGAGUGCAUCCUCGAGUGCCCCGAGGCCGCCGACGCCACCUAGCUCCUCAACGUACACACGGCGCCCGUCCGUCCGCUCUCGAUCGAUCUCCCCUCCCCGGUCACCGCGCGCGAUCAGAGCUUGAUCUCCUCCAUGAGCUAGUAGCUUUCUUGCUUAGAUCCGUCCGUCUCUGUGCAUGGUCCAUGGUGUGAUCCAUGGAGAGGCUUCUUGUUUUUCUGUUUCUCUCCAAAGGAUCCAUGAAGUGGUGCUUGAGUUAGGAUGAACACCAACUGUACUAUGUAGCCUGUUAGAGCAGUAGUAGCUUUUGAUUUCUCACUGGUGAUGUACUCGUAUCUGGGUUUUGCUCCGUCCGCUUGCUUUGGUUUUGCCUUUCUGGUGUUGUUUGUAAAUAGCGUGUGGCCACUUCGGUGGCGCAAUCCACCCUUUUUAAACCUUGUAUACA